AAAGCACAAAAACAAUGCAAAGUAAGAACAGUGACAAACCUGAGCCACUCUUUUGUGUUUUGUCCACAUUCCUUUGAACAUUAUUUAUGUAGAUCCAACCCUUCGCCAUUAAUUCACUUCCAUAGAGAACUUAGUAAUGGAUAAUUUUCAAGUUAUGGAAGAGAAGGUGGACUGGAAGGGAAGACCAACAAAGAAGGGAGUUCAUGGUGGCAUCUUCCCUGCUUUGUUCAUCUUAGUUAUGUUUGCAUUCAAUAGUUGUGCAUGGGUAGCAUUGGCCGGAAACUUGGUGAUGUAUUUCACCGGAGUGUUGCACUUGGACUUGGCUUCGGCGUCAAACAGUGUCACAAAUUUUAUGGGAACUACAUAUAUUCUUGCUCAGAUUGCUGCUUAUUUGGCUGAUGCUCAUGUUGGCAGAUGCAAGAUUGUUCUUAUUUCUGGGUUCAUUGAGUUCUUGGCACUUCUAUUACUAGCAGUGCAAGCUCACAUACCUUCACUGAAACCACAACCUUGUGACAUAUACGAUAUAAAGUCGCAAUGCGAGAAGAUUCAUGGAGGUAAUGCAACAUUUUUCUACAUCGCUUUGUACUCGGUGGCGGUAGGAUUGGCCGGGGCCUUUGCUGGGGUGCCAUCGCACGGCGCCGAUCAAUUCGACGACAAAGACCCUAAAGAGUUGAGGCAUAUGUCCAGCUUCUUCAACUACCUGACUGCAAGCAAUGCUAUUGGGUCUAUACUUAGCUUAACACUGGUUGUUUGGAUUCAAACUCAUGUUGGUUGGGACUGGGGAUUUGGUACAUCAGCUGCAUGUGUUUUUGUGGCCACUCUUAUCUUUGCUGUUGGUGUCCCAAAGUAUAGGAUUCAUGCCAUUGGCGGUCCUAAUCCCAUUGUUCAGAUCCUCCAGGUUCUAGUGGCUGCUGUUAGAAAUUGGAGACUACCAUUACCAAAGGACUCUGCAGAGCUCUAUGAGAUAAAAAAUGAAAAUGGAGAAGAAUUUCUACCUCACAGAGACAUCUUUAGGUUCUUGGACAAAGCUGCAAUUCAAAGAAAGAAAACAAACAUGAAUUCAGAAACAGAUAAGAAGUCAAAUGAUAAAUGGGAAUUAUGUAGGGUUACUCAAGUAGAGAAUGCAAAGACAAUUGUUGGAAUGUUGCCAAUAUUUAUAUGUUCUAUAUUUAUGAGUACUUGCUUAGCUCAGUUGCAGACCUUCACAAUUCAACAAGGAUUCACAAUGGAUAAUAAGUUGGGUAAACACAUUCACAUUGCUCCGGCAAACUUGGCCAUUGCUCCGAUGAUUUUCAUGCUCGUCGGCAUUCCGAUUUACGACCGUCUUAUCGUUCCGCUCCUUCGCCGAAUCACUGGACAUCCUAAAGGAAUAAGUGAUUUGAAAAGAAUAGGAAUUGGGUUACUCCUCUCAUGUGUGGCAAUGAUAGUGGGAGCCAUUGUAGAAAUAAAACGCAAGCAUGUUGCCAAAAGCCAUGGAAUGAUUGAUGCCAACCCACUAGUGAACAAGCUACCCAUUAGCAUCUUCUGGCUUGCUAUCCAACACUUCACUUUUGGCAUUUCAGAUAUGUUCACUUAUGUUGGUUUAAUGGAGUUCUUCUAUUCAGAGGCACCAAAGCCAAUGAAAUCCAUUGCCUCAUCCUUGCUUUGGUGUUCACUAGGACUUGGCUAUUUCUUGAGCUCCAUUUUGGUUGAUAUUGUGAACCAUGCCACAAGGAAUAAUACAAAGAGUGGAGGGUGGUUGGCAGGGAACAAUCUCAAUAGGAACCAUGUGGACUUGUUCUUUUGGACACUAGCCAUACUUACCUUCAUUAACUUGUUGAAUUACUUGUAUUGGGCUAACCGGUAUGAGUAUAAGAGUCAGCCUCUUCAUAAUGCUUCUAAAGUUGAGGUUUCUCAAUCUCAAGAUUGUGUGUAAAAUUAAGGGGGAGAAUUAUUAAUUUGUAAAUUGAUGGGAGUAUGAAUAAGCAAUCUUUUGAGUGUAUCUUUCUAUUUGAUUUGUUUC